AUGAACUGCACGGUCAAUGCGAGCAUAGGCAUGUCUCCGUAUCAGGCCCUAUAUGGCCGUGACCCACCCAACUUGUUUGAUACAUAUGCUCGACCGUCGCAUAACGCGACAGUGGCCGAAUUGUUGGCUGAGCGCGAGGAGCUGCUGCGGUCUUUGAAAAAACGUCUCCAGCACGCGCAGAUGGUUAUGGCGACCAAUGCAAACCGUCAUAGGAAAGACGUGGAGUUUUCGGUGGGUGACAAAGUGUGGCUUCGCCUCCAUCCUUACCGACAACACUCCGUGGGCAAACCAUUAUCGGCAAAGCUUGGACGACGAUUUUAUGGUCCGUAUGUGAUAACCGAACGGAUAGGGAAGGUGGCUUACCGUCUACAGCUGCCCACGGACAGCAGAAUUCAUGACGUCUUCCAUGUCUCUCUUUUACGGCCGUUUGUCGAGCAACCGAAAUUCACCUACCCGGCGCUGCCAAUGCCGACCAUUUCUGGUGACCGGCUGUUAGAUACACCAGUUCGCGCGACGGAGAGUCGUGUUGUUCUUUCAAGGGGAGUUCCGUAG